AAGGUCAGAGUGGAGAUAAUGCAAAUUUGAACAUUUCUCUGCUGUACACCAUUUACCCGAGAUUUAUUGGUGAAGAUUGCUGUACUGGUCUGAUGUCCGUGUUUGUGAGACACAAGCGCAAGGAGGAAGGGGAAUAAAACAGAUUCCUCGCGAGCUGACAAUGUCAGCUUCCAAGAGGCCAUUGGGAAGAGACUGUCACGUGACCUCUGGUGCCAAUGUUCUUCCAGAAGGUCGUCAGGACCUUGGUAGCUGGUGAAAUCUUUUACGGAAAUGCAGAAGACGUCCUAUUACGACAACUCUACGCUUUUCGGAGGCUACUCGUACCAGACCAAUGGGUUUGGCUAUGAAUCCGCACAACCGGUCUACCAGUCCUCGGGGCACCUGGAGAGCGACUACCAGAGGUCCGCUUGCUCGCUGCAGUCCCUUGGCAACAGCGCAGCGCCGCAGCAAGCCAAGACGAAAGAAAUCAAUGGGAGCUGUAUGCGCCACAGCCUACCACCUGAACAUCAUCAGACAGCCCCCGUCUCCCCUCCCCAGAACCCCCCUAAUAGCACUAACAGCAGUACAACGCAACAGCCGGCGAGCAGCGGCGGCGGCGGCGGCGGCAGCGCAAAAGCAGCCCCCACCAAAUCCUCCAGUGUCCCUUCAAACCCCGCCCUCACCAAGCAGAUAUUCCCCUGGAUGAAAGAGUCGAGGCAGAACUCCAAACAGAAAAACAGCUCCCCAUGCACAAGUGCAGCUAAUGCGGAGAGCUGCAGUGGUGAGAAAAGCCCUCCGGGUUCGGCAGCUUCCAAAAGAGCGCGUACAGCCUACACGAGCGCUCAGCUGGUGGAGCUCGAGAAGGAGUUCCACUUCAACCGGUACCUGUGCAGGCCACGCCGCGUGGAGAUGGCCAAUCUGCUCAACCUUAGCGAACGACAGAUUAAAAUAUGGUUCCAGAACCGAAGAAUGAAGUACAAAAAGGAUCAAAAAUUGAAGGGCAUGGGCUCCUCCUCUGGGGGGCCAUCUCCAACUGGAAGCCCACCUCUUCCCAUGCAGUCCUCAGCUGGUUUUAUGAACCCCAUGCAUUCAAUGAGUGGUACUUACGAAGACCCUUCCCCACCGUCUUUUAAUAAACCUCAUCAAAAUGCUUAUGCCAUGUCUACAGCCUACCAAAACCCUAUGAAACCUUGCCCCUCCCAGCAGAAGUAUGGCAACACAGCGCCAGAAUAUGACCCUCAUGGUCUACAGGGUAAUGGGGGUAAUUAUGGGACUCCGAAUAUCCAGGGUAGCCCUGUGUAUGUUGGAGGCAACUAUGUGGAUUCAAUGCCCACAUCGGGGCCAUCUUUAUAUGGCCUGAAUCACCUGCCACAUCACCAGUCUAACAACAUUGACUACAAUGGUGCAGCACAGAUGCCAAGCAGCCAACAUCAUGGACCAUGUGACUCCCACCCGACAUACACAGACCUUUCAGCGCACCAUCCUUCUCAGGGUAGAAUCCAGGAGGCACCCAAGUUAACGCAUCUGUAGCAGGUUUGGAAACAAAAUAAUACUAACACAUGGGGCGCUACAAUGGGAUUUAAUAAAUGAUCCAGUGGUUUUUUUUUUACAUAAAAUAAAAAAAGUACCUUGGCAAUGUUGCCAUAAUUUUACUUUUAAGUAAAUUGAUGCUAUUUUCAGUUGCAUACCAAUUUGUAAUUAUUUAAAUCUUCUUAAGGCCCAACACAAAGUAAUGAAGCAAUCCUAAAUUAGGGAAACAUGUACAAACAGCAAUGAUGGUCAUUCACUGUAAAAGUUUGUUGAGGCUAGGCAUCUUUAAUGAUUGAAAAUGUCUGUCUUGCCAUUAAUUAGGUUAAUGUACAAUGUAAAAACAUUGAGGAUUUCCCCCAAAAAAAAUCAGUACACUAAUUUCAAUUUCUAUAGCUACUCCACCUGGAAAACCACUGGAUUAUUUUGGUUAGUUUCCCUGUCACAUUACCUCUUUACCUAAACCCAUCACCUUAACUAACCAACUGUGUACUGAAGCAUAAACUCUGCUGUGUUAACACAAGGAGGGAAAGGUCAUGUAUUUCCUAGCAUCACUGAAUGCUAGUUACUCCAUGUUUAUACUGUGGCAUUGCUGUUCACAAUACGUUAACCUCCAACAAAAUUGGAUACGCAAAACAAAUAUUUACCUUGUCUUAAGCACAGUGUUCAAGAGUUAUAAACUCUAAGUACGUAUUAUUUUUAUUUCCCCCUUUGUAUGAAGUUUCUUCUCUGUCGUUAGUGUUAACAUACAUACGCAAUGCUGAUUCAGAAGUCCAUAUUUUCUAAAAUCCAGUACUCUCUCCUCUCUUGACUUAUCGUGAAAACAGGGUAUAUUUGAACAAAAAUGUCCAAAAAAUUAAGCUAAAGUGAAGGCCUCCUGAUAUUCACUAAAGCUUUCUCAUUUGGGCAUCAUUGUUGCACUUAGAGUUUACAUUUUAAAGGUUAGAAAAAAAACUUAUUUUGAAAUAGAAGACCCCAAUCAGCUCAAUCGUGGGUGUCUUCGUAUGUGUGUUAGAGUGAGCAUUCAUAAAUAUAUAUUUAUUUGUUAUAGCCAAUAUUUCUUUUUUGUAUUAUUUAU